AUGGCCUUUGAGGCUGCCAGUCGGUCGACCACAGACGCAUUGGGAUGCAUUCAAUUGUUACUACGGCGUUGGGUAGCGGGACUGACCGAAUGGUCCGUGGUUCGAACCCGACCUCUGCCUCUCGACUUCCCAUGUCUAGGCUUGGGCAAUCCGAGCAGUAUCUCAACCCUCGUGCAACCUUCGGGUGGCAUGGCAGUUAGACACCGAAAGGGUGCUACAGCUGAACGAUUUUUUUACUACGGCGUGAUACGCUUCAGAUAUUUUAAUAUGCUAUUCAUAAAAAUCAGCUACAUUAGCCAAGAUGUGAAAUUCACUUGGAUAUCUCCAAAAAAUUUGCCUCGAAAACAGGUAUUCUUCGAUCCAACUGCACUCACUUUUUUGGAGACCGUGAUUCUAGGCGGUCCGAGCCACGAAGUCGAGAAGCUGUUCGCCGAGGAUAGUGGAUUUUUCCCCAACUUGCUCGGACACACGGUGACUUCGUUGGAAUUUACCGGAUUUAACGCGGACACCCAGGCAGAUGGAGGCCAAAAGCAUUCGACGCCGAGAGAUCAGAUACCGGCGAUUGGAAACCAACAAUCAACCGUAUCAUUGUUCACAGGAGAAUCUACCUCAGGGGCUGAAAAGUUCUCCGUCGAAUCCGUGGAUAACGAUCAACCGAUUUUCAUGAAGCCUCCAGACGCCGAUUCACCGAUGUUAGACAAGCGUGCGGUUUUGUCAUCCGUUCAGGAAAAGGAGUCCGAGGGCGAAUGCGUCGCGGCGCGUGAUCAUCCCAAGUCGAUGGGCGGACAACACCGCAUCAGCUGGGCCAAAUCUGGGGACAAUCUGACCGUCGAUGGUAACCUGUUAACUACGAAUGUGAAACCUAGUUUGAUGGUACCUUGGCGUCUGUCAACGAGUACCAGUUUCUUGAGCUACACGACCAAAACAGGAGACUCGGUCAAAAUGCGUGCUCCCUACAUACGACUUUUACCGUUAUCGGCGCUGGGUGUGGAUCCAGUGAAAAUAAUGCGCGAGACUAACGCAUACCUAACCUUCGGCAACCUGUUCGAGAUGGUUCUCAUGGCCUCCAGUACAAUUUGUAUCGGACUCUACCGUCGCGUGGUUGACGAAAUCGAUGAGGAUCAACAGAGUGAACGUUCUGACACCGUAACCAGGGAAGUCGGCAAUCAGAUAGAGCGAUAUGUUUACACAUUUCCGGAUGUGGACACAGAAAUUAUGGCCGAGGAUUUGGUAUACUGUUUCGCUUCAGUCAAGGAAAUUCGGGGAACCGAUGACUAGUAUGCGCCGAUGACAACGAUUCGUCCCACUUUCUCGUCCAUUCCCUCACAUGUUCAAAACGAUAUUUUUGUAAUUGACGAAGAAAUUUGAAAAAAUAAAAUAAAACAAAAUAGCUCUCAUGAUGAACUCUGCUGUUAUACGGGAACAAUAAGUUGGGAACAUGGGGUACAGUCAUUCGGUCACAGUGGUUUGCAUGAGUUUGGCUUUCACCGCGUCCACCUUCACCA